CAGCGUGACCUUCAGUGUGCGAGCUGCGAGCUGUGAGCUGCCAGGGCCCCGCGUGGGAGCGUCUGGAGAGAUGAACUGGGUCGGGGGCUCUCGGAGCAGAGUUCUGAUAAAGCAAGAAAGAAGAAAGCAGAAGGAAUACUUCGAAAGGAAUAAGUUAAAAUCAAAACUGAAAUUACUGGGUGUUGUUUCACCUGUCAAGAAACCCUCUGUCAGUUUAGAUCUCCUUAACCUGUAUGUGGUAAAUCAGAUCUCAUCCAUGAAGGAAACUUCUGAAACCAUGAAGAGACCAACUCAUGUGAAUAUGACCAGAGAUUUGAAAGUCCCACUAAGGAAGCAUGAUUUAGAACUUCCAAUGUCACCUCACUGUGUGCCUUCUAAACUGUGCAUUGAUGAUAUGGAGGACAGUGUACCCUAUCAAAGAAUCUAUAGCAAGGAAGAAACUGGCCCAGUUCAAUCAUCACAAGACAUGAAGUCAUACAGAAUGUUCAACGAAACAGGAAACUGCAGUUAUAUUCCACCAUCUUUUCCAGAAGAAUUACGCUCUAACAGACAUAUUCGGAGCCAACAUUCCACCCCAAGAAUAGGUCCAAGUUCUCAGCAGUUUUUAUAUGAAAAUCCCCACAAUGGGCAGUUCAGUAAUGGAAAAUUUCCUGAGUCCUUAUUUUCCAAAUUAAAUAAACACCAAAAUGUUUUUAGUUCAUCUCAGACAACGGCAGAGUUUGAAGCGUCAUACAAGCGAACAAACAGUUCAGAAACUGGUGAUUUCCUUACUAAAAGAUCCAUGAUUAUGGGUGAAGAUUGCAGAAGCCUGUAUGAAAGAAGACAGCCAGACUUUGCUAUGGAAAAACCAUUAGUGCAACAGACUUAUGCAAAUAAUGGAGAAGAAUUCUCUAAUUUUCUUGAAGAUGUGAUCCCCCCAACUCAGAGCCAUUUUCCAGGCAAUCAUAACUCUUUUGUUAGUCACAGCAUGAUCGAUUUAUUAAGCAGAGAUCAGCCUGGGAGAAGGGCAACCUUUACUAAGUGCGGUUAUGACAGCCUGAGUGACACCCAUGUCGUGUCUUCUGAUGAAAGCCAUUCCAGUACUGGGCUCAUUCGUGGGGAGUUUACAGUUCCACAGGCAACGUCUCCUAAUCUUCCUUUUAAUACAAGUUACACAGAAACAUGUCAGCCAAACAGGCCCUGCCAGGAGUACAAUAGCAAUGAAAUAAAUGCAUUUAGAAGGUCUUUUGAGAAAGAUUGUUACUCCAUCGGCUGUGGGAGAAAAGGAAAAAUUGAAAGUGAUAACCAGUUGAAAGCACUGCAGAGAAAUGCCCGGGAUCACCCAGUGUACACUCUGACUGAUACUCCUUUGGAAGAAUUACACUGUAAACAGUCAUGUGCUUUUGGCCAGAAUGAGAUCCCAAUGGAAAGAAGAGGAAUGUGUCCUUUAAAAGGGAGGCCUAUGUCUACUGAGAAAAUCUACCUGGAGUCUUCGCAGAGCAGCCAGUCUGCCAGCUACUCUCCUCGGCCGACCGAGAGCACGUUCAGCUCCAGUACUGACUUGAUAUCUGAAGAUGAAGAUCAGAUACAGCAGCAAACUGAAGAUUCAAACAAGAAAGCCACAGAAACAACUGAUAAUUGUUGUCUGGAAAAGAUGGAAAAUGAUUUCGAUGACAUAACUGUGAAAGACAAUGCCACAGCUCAUAAACAGAAUCAUAAAUUUCUCCAGUCCUCUGAGAAAAAUAAUGCUAAUGCAUUUCCAGAGUCUCAGUGCAAUUCAGAGCACACAUUGCAAAACAAAAGCACCGAUAACUGUGUGCUUCAGGCUGGGAGAUGUGACGUAGGGGUACAGACAGAGGAAGCGCCCCUUGUGGGGAACACAGCAGAUGUUGCUGUACAGUGCACCAUCAUUACACGAUGCUCAUGUAUGAGUAGUCCCAGUGUUGAUAAGAGAAAAGGAGUCCUCCCAUCCUGAGGCUGACAGCUGCACUGAAGAUAGGACGGCAGAUACCACUGGAGGGCAGGAAACACCUACAAGUAACUCACUCUAACAUUUCCAACUAGGAAGCAGUGUUUCAUUUACCCUUGGAAGGCAGUAGACAGUGUUCAGUCCUUCGUUAACAUAAUACAUAAUGAGAAAAUGAGGCUGAACAGAAAGGGGGGUUUUAAGAGCUAUUGUUUCUAGACAGUUUUAAUAUUCAUGUAUUUAAUAGUUCUCUAAUAGCUUUGUCUAUUCCUUCACAAAACAUCAGGAAGCAAGUUGGGGAGGAAAGAGUUUAUUCA